AUGUUGAUACAGUCGCUGUGGAAACGUAAAUUUGAGUGGGACGAACCGUUGCCAGAUGACAUCAUUACAGAGUGGUGUAAGAUCAGAGAAGAUACCGCGAAAGCUACCGAAACCAAGUUUAGCAGACGAUACUUCCAAGGCACAACACCAAGGGAAGUAACUCUUCACGUCUUCUGCGAUGCCAGCACAAAAGCUUAUGGCUCAUGCGCAUACCUUGUGUCCGGUUGUCACAGUACUCUCGUGAUGGCGAAGAACAAAGUAACUCCCAUUAAACAACUUACCGUGCCGAAACUUGAACUGUGUGCAGCACUUAUAGGCGCUAAACUUAGUCAACACAUAACAUCCACCAUACAUUGUGAUAAAGUAUACUUAUGGAGCGACAGCCAGAUCGUGCUGAAGUGGAUUUCUACAACCAAACCACAGCCACAAUUCAUAGCCAGACGUGUAACAGAAAUACAUGAGUUGACAGACGGCUUCAUGUGGCACUAUUGCCCAACCGAUUCAAACCCAGCAGACCUUCUGUCGAGAGGACUUACCUAUGAGAAAUUUCACGACAACAUAUUAUGGAUGCAUGGUCCUAGCUGGCUGAACGACGAGACAACAUUUCCCGGAUAUGAAUUAAUGCUGAGUACGCACACCAACAGUGAACACGAAGAUACCAACUAUUCCGCCUGUAUGACUACAUCGCGAGAAAUUACACCCGAUCCCGGCAUUUUAGAUGUUAUAGACAUCAAUAGAUUCGACACAUACCGUAAGCUGAUACGUGUUACAGCAUAUGUUCUAAGAUUUGUGAACAACUGCAGAAAUAUUGAGAAGGUCUACGGACCUCUAGAGUCGCACGAGAUCAACGCAGCAGCCAAGCAUCUGAUAAAGUACGUACAGUCCCGUCAUUUUCCGGACGUGAUAGAGUACAUCUACCAGAAUAGAAACAUCCAGUUGAAAAGACCCAACCUAGUGAGACAGCUUGAUUUGUUUCUUGAUGACGACAAAUUAAUACGUUGUGGCGGCAGAUUAUCUAACGCACCGUUAUUACACAGCACGAGAUUUCCCUACCUACUUCCUUCCAAAGACAACCUUACAAAGCUUAUUAUUUUGGACGCACACGUUACACAUAUGCAUUCCGGUACUGAGAGCACAGUCACCUAUCUUCGCCAAAUAUUUUGGAUUCCUAGCAUUCGCCAGCGUGUUCAGAAAAUAGUCCGCUCGUGUGUUACGUGUCGUAAGGUCACAGGAAGAGCAUAUCGGGUACCUGACCCCCCACCGUUACCUAGCAACAGAUUGAAGGUUGCGCCACCAUUCACAGUAACCGGCAUAGACUUUACCGGAGCUUUAACAGUAAAGGCAUCGAGAGGAGAACUACAGAAAGCAUACAUUUGCCUUUUCACAUGUGCCAAUACGCGAGCUGUCCAUCUAGAAAUAGUACCGAACAUGACUGUGGAAUCAUUAUUUUAG